AUGACCGACGCAAAAAUAUUGAAUCCGCCAGGGCCUAUGGUUGGGACAGGACCAAAGGAUUUGACUUAUCCUAGAUGGUUUGGUGCGUCUGCCUCAUGUAUGGCAGUGAUGGUUUCUCAUCCUUUUGAUCUCAUCAAAGUACGGAUGCAGACAGUGUCAAGUAGUGCCAAGGAGGGAUUCAUGGUCACUGGAUUGCAUAUCAUCAGAAGUGAUGGCCCGAGGAUGACAUAUGGAACCUCUCGUAUUGCUCUUUACGAAGAAAUGAAGCAAUCAGCAAAAGAGAGGAAUCAGCCUCUCACUAUCGCAAUGCUAGCAUCCAUGGCCGCAGUUUCAGGAUUUAUAGGCGCCAUAUUUGGCACACCGUCCGACAUCGCCAACGUGAGAAUGCAAAAUGAUCGGGCAUUACCUAUCCAGGAUCGGCGAAAUUAUAAGAACGUCUUCGAUGCAUGGAUUCAAAUGAAACGUCUUGAGGGCUGGAAAGCGUUCGUUAAGGGCCUAUGGCCGAACUGUUUUCGUUCUGGAACUAUGACAGCAAGUCAGCUGGCAUCCUAUGACGUGUUUAAACGGUUGCUUCAUAGGAUAAGUAAGACACAUGAAGAAAAACCACUAAUUCACCUCUCUGCCUCCAUUUUGGCUAGUCUGGUGGCGACUUCGGUCUCUAGUCCGAUGGAUGUGAUUCGGACCCAGUUGAUGAACUCUUCGAAGAGAAUGUCUGUUUUUGAGGUUGUGAGGCAUCUUACUCAAUCAGAAGGUCUACAAUGGGUCUGCCGGGGCUGGACACCUAGUUUCAUUCGAAUGGGACCACAGACCAUCGUAACCUUGGUUAUGCUGGAGCAGCAUAAGCGGGUUUAUCGGAUGAUUAAGGCUGAUUAG